AUGCUUUGGCAAACUCUCGCAGCGGUGGCCGUGGCCGUGGCGCUCCCCGACAGCGCGCUCGAGUCCCAUGGGUGCGCUCUGCAGAUAAACGACGUCUUCGAAGCCGCUUCUAUGCGCGUGGAGUGGCCGGGCGACGCGUCGGACGAAGCGGUCGCAGACGCGGCGGCUGCUGUCGUCGACGAGCUGCCGUUGAACGCGCGGCCGGCGGAACUCGAGGACGAGAUCCGCGCGGCGAUGUGGCGCACGCGCGAGGACGGGUGCGGGGCGUCGGUGGCGGGCUGCGUGUUCUCGGACGAGGGCGGGUGCGGCCGCGUGCGUUCGAAGCUCGACGACGCGCGGCCGUACGCGGCGACGAACCUUUCGCGCGGCCUCGCGCUGGCCUGCGCGAACUGCGACGCCGCGUGUGGCGGCGGCGUGAGCUGCGCAGUCGUGGACGUCGACGCGGCGGCGCGCGCGACGGCGACGCGGCCCGCGGAGACGGUGGCGGGCGACGUGCGGCCAGAGUCGACCGGACGGCUCGAGAUCGACAACGUCGUCGUGACGGCCCGAUGGACGGAGAUCGGUCGAGACCUCGUGGUCUUCGCGUCCGUCUACGGCGGUCGCACCGUGUCGAAGCGCGUCUCCUGGGCGUCGCGCGACCGUCGCUUCGGAGCCGCGCUCCUGGCCGCCUCGUACGCGAGAAGCGCGGACGUCGGCGCGCGCUGCGGCGUCGACGACGCGUCCGCGUCCGCGUCCGCGUCCGCGUCCGCGUCCGCGUCCGCGUCCGCGUCCGCGUCCGCGUCCGCGUCCGCGUCCGCGUCCGCGUCCGCGUCCGCGUCCGCGCGUCGUCCCGAAGCCGACGAGGGGUGCGCCGUCCUGUACGUCGGUGUGCUUCGGGUGCGGGACGCGACGCAUCUGCGCGACCUCCGGGCGCGCGCGGCGGGCUGCGAAACGUUCGCGGUCGCGUACCGGAACGACGCUCGCGUCGCGCGGGCGCUCGCGGGGCCGCGCGUCGCGUACUCGGACGACGCUGUCGCGGCGGUGCCCGACGGCGCGCACGCCGAGGCGCAGCUCGCGCUCGCCGUCGAGGCCUUCGGCGACCGCUUGCGGCCCAAGGCCUCGGUCGUCGUCGCGCGCACGGACGUCCUCUGGGCCGACCCGACCUUCCUCCUGUCGUCCUUGCGGCCGUCCCGCGACGGCGUCCACGCCCGCUACGAUCUGUACCACUACGCGCGGGGCGCCACCUUCGUGCGCGUCUUCGCGACGGCCUUGGCCUUCGCGCGCCGGAAGACGGGCACGCGCGGCGUCCUGCCGUUCGAAGCCGCCGUCGCGCUCGCGUCGGACUUUUCGACGGUGCGCUGGUGGUGGCUCUCGCUGCCCGCGGCCGCCUUCGAGCGCACGCCCUCGACCGUCGCCGAGCUCAAGGCCGCGCUCGCGGCCCGGUCCGACGUCGUCGACGCGACGCGCGCCGGCGCGCCCGCCGUCGCGGACACGUACGACGCCCACGCCAGCUACUGGGGCAAGUCCUGUCCGGAGGGCGCGUGCCGGAACGAGGCCUGGCUCCCGCACCUCGUCCUCGGCGCGGGCGCACCAGUCUGCGCGGCAGCCGACGCGGGCGCGUCCCGCCUCGCCGCCAACCGCCACGCGUUCAACUUCGGCGCCGACGACGACGCGAGGCCGAGCGACGUCGAGACGCCGCCCCCAAGGGCCGCCGACGCGGCACGACGCAGCGACUUAUAA